AUCUACAUAUCUUCUUAUUUUUCGUCUUCUAGCGAAUCCAAACCGAGAUAAACUCGCAGCUCGUGGGUUUAGGACGUGUUUAAACCCGCAGUUCGUGGGUUUAGGACGUGUUUAAACCCGCAGUUCGUGGGUUUAGGACGUGUUUAAACCCGCAGUUCGUGGGUUUAGGACGUGUUUAAACCCGCAGUUCGUGGGUUUAGGACGUGUUUAAACCCGCAGUUCGUGGGUUUAGGACGUGUUUAAACCCGCAGUUCGUGGGUUUAGGACGUGUUUAAACCCGCAGUUCGUGGGUUUAGGACGUGUUUAAACCCGCAGUUCGUGGGUUUAGGACGUGUUUAAACCCGCAGUUCGUGGGUUUAGGACGUGUUUAAACCCGCAGUUCGUGGGUUUAGGACGUGUUUUCUCGCGGCUGACGGGACCGUUGACGCGGCAUGGACGACAGCAAGAUGCCGGAGGAGAAGGUGAAGAAUCCCGGGAAACGCAGCAGGAAACCGGCCAAGAUCGACCUGCGGGAGGAGCUGGACAUGAAUCAUAAAGGAAGACCCAAAAGACACUGCUGUGAUGAUUGCGACCAAGUCUUCACCACUUCAUCAAACCUGAAGAAGCAUAAGAAAACUCACACUGGUGAAAAACCGUACAGCUGUGAUCAGUGUGGAGCGGCUUUUGCCCGACGAGAUAAUUUGACGACUCACCAACGUAUUCACACUGGAGACAAACCAUACAGAUGUGAUCAGUGUGGAGCGGCUUUGGCCCGACAAGGUGACCUAAAGAAACACCAACGUAUUCACACUGGAGACAAGCCUUACAGAUGUGAUCAGUGUGGAGUGGCUUUUGCCCAAAAAGGUCACCUAAAGCGACACCAGCGUAUUCACACUGGAAACAAGCCUUACAGAUGUGAUCAGUGUGGAUCGGCUUUUGCCCAAAAAGGUCAUCUUAAGCAACACCAACGUAUUCACACUGGAAACAAGCCUUACAGAUGUGAUCAGUGUGGAGCGGCUUUUGCCACAUCAAGUAGUCUAAGGAGUCACCAACGUAUUCACACUGGAGACAAGUCUUACAGAUGUGAUCAGUGUGGAUCGGCUUUUGCCCAAAAAGGUCACCUAAAGCAACACCAACGUAUUCACACUGGAGAAAAGCCUUACAGAUGUGAUCAGUGUGGAGCGGCUUUUGCCCGACAAGGUCAUCUAAAGCAACACCAACGUAUUCACACUGGAGACAAGCCUUACAGAUGUGAUCAGUGUGGAUCGGCUUUUGCUCAAAAAGGUCAGCUAAAGCAACACCAACGUAUUCACACUGGAGAAAAGCCUUACAGAUGUGAUCAGUGUGGAGCGGCUUUUGUAGAACAUGGUCAUUUAAAGAAUCAUAAACGUAUUCACACUGGAGAAAAACCUUACAGAUGUGAUCAGUGUGGAGCGGCUUUUGCCCAGCAAGGUGCUCUAACGAUUCACCAACGUAUUCACACUGGAGACAAGCCGUACAGCUGUGAUCAGUGUGGAGCGGCUUUUGCCCUGAAAGGUGCCCUAACGAAUCACCAACGUAUUCACACUGGAAACAAACCGUACAGAUGCGAUCAGUGCGGGGCGGCUUUUGUAGAACAUGGUCAUUUAAAGAAUCAUACACGUAUUCACACUGGAGAAAAGCCUUACAGAUGUGAUCAGUGCGGGAUGGCUUUUGCCCGGCAAGGUGCUUUAAGGAGACAUCAACGUAUUCACACUGGAUAAAAAUUUUACAUUUGUGAUGAGUGCUGAUAUCAUUUAUUUUGAGAGUUCAGUUAAAAUGCUCCAGUUUAGUUAAUUUAGUUUGAAAGAAAUAAUUCACACAUACGCACUGACACACACACCAACA